AUGUUCUAUUCCAAUUAAUAGUAUCUAAAUAAUAAAUUAUUUAUUAUUAACCUGGUAAAUUAGCAAUAAAAGCUAAUAAAAAUUGCAUUUAACUUUUUGUUUAAGUGGAUGUUUAAAACAUAAAUUAAGAAAGCUUUCUAAUAAUCAAAUUAUUAUUAAAUUAAAAAAAUUACAUUAAACAAAAAAAAAGAAAAAACAAAAAGAAUUUCUAAUUAAUCAUAAAAUAAAAUGAAUACAACUGAAAUGCUUUUAAAUAUCUUGAAUAACAUUACAGUGUCAAGAGAAUUGAUGUUUGACAUAACUGAAAUACCUCACUGCAUGGAAAUGCUCAAUUAAACCUUCUUUACUCUAGAUAUGCAGAGGAUUAAAUCUGCUCAUUAAUAUAUGAAAGGAAAUAUUCCUCAAAAAAUGUACUUACAAAUUAAAUAGUCUUUGUAAAAGUACCUAUACGUUCUCUUAUAAUGCCACAAAGAGCUAAUCAAAAUAGAUCCUGAGAAUAUCGAAGACGAGGAGACUCUCCAAAUCUACCUAUACAUUAAACAAUAUUUUUCUCCUAAACAAAAGAGCACAGAAUAAAUGAUUGAUUCAAGAGUCUUAAGAGAAGAUGAUCUAGAUUUUGAUCGCUCCUACUGA